UCAACUUAUAAUAUAUAUACAUAUAGACUAGACAUGUCAAAAGAGGAGAUAUUCGAAGAUUGGUACUCUGUGUUGGAGUUGGAGCAUGAUGCCACAGAGAAACAGAUACAGAGAGCGUACAGGGUGUUGUCGGUGAAAUGGCAUCCGGACAAGAACAAGAGUGCAGAGGCCAGGGUCAUGUUUGAGAAGAUAUCAGAGGCCAAGAAGAUACUCAAUGAUAAGGAGAAGAGAGCACUGUUUGACGCUCAGAUCAAGGCCAAGCGAGAGAAGAAGCGCAAGGAUGACGAGAUGGACAGGAAGAGGAAGAAGAUGAAGGACGACCUAAACACACGAGAGGAAGAGAUCCGCAGAAAGAAACAACGCGAGUUGGAUGAGAAGCAACGUGAUAGAGAUAAGUACCGUGAUGAAGUCUUGCGAUCAAUGUCCAGAUUCGGAGCCGCGCAACAACAACAACAGUCGCGUACAGAGAGCAGCAGUUCAACAAUUGACACAAAGAGUGUAGUGCUUGUUAGAUGGAGAAGCAAGCUAAAGUAUGGAGAGGAUGGUCUGACUGAUGUAUUCUCAUCUUAUGGACAAGUCGACUCGAUCGUUAUUCUGGAAGACGAUGAAUGUGGUGAGAAAAGACGAAGAAAGUGUAAUGCCAUCGUGUACUUCACCUCAAACAAGACAGUGGACAGCAUCAUCGGACAAAGCAAAGAGAUCAAGAGCAAGUUCAAGCUGAAGGUCGAGCGAGCCACCACCGCCUCAUCGCCACCAUCCCACGUCCCCUCUGGCACGGAGAACAACAAUGAGGAUGUUCUUCAGAACAUCACAAAUAUCACAGAGCCAACAACAACUCCAACGAAUAAUACCUCAACAAAUACACCAACAACAACAUCACAGAGCUUUAAAGAAAAGGAGAAUGACGUACUCAGACGACUGAGGGAAAGGAUAGCCGCCAAGUCUAAGGUGGGAAGCGACGAAACAUCCACU